UUGGCACUAAACAAGUUGAUGAAAGAUGUGGUCUAAAUUUUCACUAGUUACUUACCAGGUAAGCAUGCAAACCAAUUACGCAAUCCCUCUUAAGGUCUGAAGUUUCCUACAAUCAUUAAGCACAUUUGCACAUCCAUGUUCUAAGAAAUAGGAAGUGCUUAAUUAGCUGGCUAGAAAGACUCAUAUGGAGGAGCUGAGUGAAAAUUGCUUCCAUGAAGCCACCUACCUAGACCAAGAAGGUCAAUUAAGAACUUCAAGAGUGCCCGUGGUUCAAGAACUCGCUCGGCGAGGAUUUAAACAUUUGCCUGAGAGAUUCAUAAGGGUGCACCCUGAACACGAUUUUGACGUUGUCAACUUAUCUUUGCUUAAUAAUGUCUCAGAAGUCCUACCAUCCAUAAGCAUGGCUAAAUUACGAGCCCGAUCUGAGUCCACAGACUGGACCCGAGAGCUGGGCGAGCUAGCAAGUGGUGCUAAUACUUGGGGUAUGCUCAUAAUCAAGGACCAUGGUGUGCCAGGGCAUGUUUUAGAUGGUGUGAAGGAUGUGGUCAAGGAGUUCUUUGGGUUGUCAUUUGAAGAGAAGAAAGCAAGCGUUGGGUCGUAUGUGAGUGUGGAUAACAUGGGGUACGGCCGGAACUUUGUGAAGUCGGAAGAUCAACUGUUGGAUUGGAUUGACCGUGUGACUGUGAAAGCAGCUUCUGUUGGAGCAACCCAAGGGCUCCAUGUUUGGCCUCAAAGGCCUGCCGAUUUCAGGCAUGCUAUAGAGCAAUACGUUCAUGAAGCAAGAACCAUCUUGAAUGACUUAUUGGAAGCCCUUGCCGAAGCCUUAUCACUAGAAAAACAUGUAUUCCUCCAAAAUUUUGACCCCAAAGACAGUGAGAUCAAUGUGAGAGUCAACUACUACCCACCAUGUCCUAGACCAGACCAUGCCCUCAGUCUAACUCCGCAUUCGGAUACCAGUGCCCUUACUCUUCUUAUGCAAUUUAACACCGCCAGAGGACUCCAGGUUUUGUAGGACAAGAAAUGGGUGAAUGUGUCUUGGCCACCAGAGGCAUUGCUAGUGAAUAUGGGAGAUUUGCUAGAGAUUAUGAGCAAUGGAAAGUUAAAAAGCCCAUGGCAUAGGGUUGUGACCCAAAUGCAUGUUGAGCGCUUCUCAGUGGCUUUGUUCUAUAGUCCAUCUCCCCAAACUUUGAUUGAUCCUAUAAGGGAUUGUAAUUCCUUGAAAUAUGAGGGGUAUGAGAAGGUGGUUGUGGUUGAUUAUUUGCAACACUUUUAUAGAGUUAGUCCUACUGCGGAGAAACAAGCCAUCAACUUUUCCAAAAGACCCAAAACCUAAUGAGGUGUGUGGGAUUUAAAAUGCUUUGUUAAUGUUGUUAUUUUUGUUAACCAAUAUGUUAGUUUGGAAUGUGAUCCUUGGUACCUAGCUCGGAUUUGAUUUGUUUUCAUAUGCGAAUCUAACUAGCACAGGAUUCAUGCGUAUUGCUUUUAAUUAUUAUAUGUGCUGCUUGGUUAUUAUUUGUGUGAUUUAUAGAGGCAACCAUGCCAGAAGCAAAUGCAAAAACAAAAAAUCAUGUGGGGUAGCAAAAAUUCGUCUUCUUCAGUCUUGACAAAUUUGUACCUACAAAAGACUCAACACUUUUUAUCGAGACCAAGGUCACAAGUGCCCCCAUGAGGUUUUUUUUUUUUUUUUUUUUUUUUUUUUUUUUGAGGGGGGGGCGCAAUGGAUCUCCGAUACCUAAGUCAGUGUCUCUGAAAUGAGUAAGUGCUUAGGUUUUGUAUGCGUAGCAUAAAACUUACCAAAAUUUGGUGGAGAUGAAGACAUUUAUAGGGAGGAGUGGCCGACCAUAAGGUUAGGGUUAUGCCAUACACAUAGAAACAUCCAUGAUUGUGAGGAGAUAAUAUUCCCAAUAUAUUAAUUAGGAGAUAAUAUCUUGGGAUGAUGAUAGAAACAUCCAUGAUAGUGAAAGGGAUUCCUUAUUUGAUGGAGUUGAUCUUCAAUUGGGAAUGUAUUAAAGAUAGGAUUCGGUGAUUUUUUUUUUGUCAAGAUAGGAUUUGAUGAUUAAUCCUAACUUUAAUGUCUUUAACUUUUCCAUGCCACAAGAAUGGGAGGUGAGAGUAGUCGUAGUCAACUUCUUGAACCUCCAAGUAUGUUGAGUUGUGCAUGGGAAUAAUUGUGUCCUGCUGCCCAUUUAAUAAGGGCAGUCUUAUAUUCUUCGGAAUAAAGUCCACGUGUCGUGUUUUGGAUUUUUAGAAUUAUUUUUUGCUCCACAAUAUUCAUUGCAGUGAAGAUCAAGAAAUUGGCUAGUUAGAAGAUUGCGGAGGUGAAGUUUUAGAUAGUAGCACAAUUUUCUUGCUCUUGGUUGUCAAAUGAGAAAUUAACAUAUUUUUAAAGAUUAUUUGUUAAAUCUUGGAAAUUAAUCUACAGAGAAUAUGUUAAUUUCUUUAUUUUACUUGUCAUUCAAAUUCAACCAAGACUAAGAUUAUUAUGAUACUUUCUAAAGCUCCGCCUCCUCAAUGAUCUAAACUUUUCUUUUUUGCUUUUGGUUUAGCCUGCUUUUGCAUCUAUACAACGAACUUCCUUUAGUAUUUUUGCUUUGGCAUUUUGCGUGGCAACCAUUUCAACUAGAUGCAUUUAAAUUCUAAAAUCAUGCAAAUGACUUGAGGUUGCCUCUUAAUAUGUCAUACUAAUUGUGCAUUCUAACAAGGCGACCCAUAGCCCACAUCAGAUUCUAUCUUUGCUCGGAAUUGCUCAGGGUUGUCAACUACAUUGCUAAAGAUGAACUUGGUACAGAGGAAGAGAAAGAAUUGGUAGAGAGAAAACAAGAGAGAUUGUAUUGAUUGAUUAGAGAAAAUGUAUACAACUGAACUUAAGAAAAUGAUAGCUAUACAAUCCCUUA